GAAAAAAAGAAAAGAAUUUAAAAAAGAAGUAAAAGAGGAAGAAAGCUUUGAAAGCAUCAGCAAGAAGAUAGUUUCCGUUACACAUUAUCUUGGUGUCUCGAUUUCGCCUCUGCGAAAGCCAAAUUCCCCCCAAAUCAUCUUCCCAAUCUCCCCGUCGAUUUGAAUUUUGAUUCUGUCCGGAUCGAAGAUUACGCCGUCCGUCGCCGACCGCCGCGUUUUCAUCCUCCGACGGCGUUUCCCGCUGUUAAAUCCCUUCUCUCGUCUCUUUUUAGAAGAAGAUGAUGGGACCUCCGAGAACACCGUUAAGUAAGAUUGACAGGGUUAAUAAUCCUUAUACUCCUGGUGGUUCCAAAGUUACAGAGGAGAAGAUUCUUGUCACUAUCCGGAUGAGACCACUAAAUUCGAGGGAACAUGCCAAAUAUGAUCUCAUUGCAUGGGAAUGUCCCGAUGAUCAGACCAUCGUCUUUAAGAAUCCCAACCCUGAGAGGCCUGCAACGAAAUACUCUUUUGAUAAAGUUUUUGAGCCAACCUGUGCAACACAAGAGGUCUAUGAAGGUGGUUCUAGGGACGUUGCACUAUCUGCAUUAGCAGGAACCAACGCAACUAUUUUUGCUUAUGGUCAGACCAGCAGUGGCAAGACGUUUACAAUGAGGGGUGUUACUGAAAGUGUUGUUAAGGAUAUAUACGAGCAUAUAAGAAACACUCAAGAAAGGAGGUUCGUCUUGAAAGUAUCUGCCUUGGAGAUCUAUAACGAGACCGUGGUUGACCUUUUAAACCGUGAUUCUGGGUACCUUCGGCUGUUAGAUGAUCCAGAGAAAGGAACCAUUGUGGAAAAUCUGGUGGAGAAAGUGGUAGAAAGCAGGCAACAUUUACAGCAUUUAAUUCGCACUUGUGAAGAUCAUCGGCAAGUAGGUGAAACUGCUUUGAACGACCAAAGUUCAAGAUCGCAUCAGAUUAUCCGGCUGACCAUCCAGAGCAGUCUCAGGGAAAUAGCAGGCUGUGUGCAGUCUUUCAUGGCAACUCUGAAUCUUGUUGAUCUUGCUGGUAGCGAACGUGCUUGUCAAACAAACGCAGAUGGUCUAAGAUUGAAGGAAGGAAGCCAUAUUAACCGUAGUUUAUUGACACUUACUACAGUGAUCAGAAAACUGAGUUCUGGUCGAAGAAGUGAUCAUGUGCCUUAUAGAGACUCAAAGCUGACAAGGAUUUUGCAAAAUUCACUUGGCGGGAAUGCUAGAACAGCAAUUAUAUGUACGAUUAGCCCAGCACUGAGCCACGUUGAACAGACAAAAAAGACACUCUCUUUUGCCAUGAGUGCGAAGGAAGUCACCAACUGCGCUAAAGUCAACAUGGUUGUCUCAGACAAAAAGUUGCUGAAACAUCUGCAGCAAAAAGUAGCCAAACUCGAGUCAGAGUUAAGAAGCCCGGAGUCCAGUUCAUCUACCUGCUUAAAGUCUCUGUUAAUUGAGAAAGAGAUGAAAAUCCAACAGAUGGAAUACGAAAUGAAAGAGCUAAAGCGUCAGAGAGACAUUGCGCAAUCUGAACUUGAUCUAGAAAGAAAAGCAAAGGAACUGAAGGGGUCAAAUGAGUGUGAAACUAUUUCUCAAGUGGCAAGGUGUCUCUCCUACCAUACUGAGGAGGAGUCCAUUCCAAGUAAUUCUGCUCCGAAAAGCCGCAGAACAACUCGUGGUAGGAGAAAGGAUAAUGUGAGGCAGUCUUUAACUUCAGCAGAUCCAACAGCGCUAGUCCAAGAAAUUCGUUUGCUUGAAAAGCAUCAAAAGAAAUUGGGUGAGGAAGCAAACCAAGCACUGGAGCUAAUUCAUAAAGAAGUGACAUCCCAUAAACUGGGUGAUCAACAAGCUGCAGAAAAAGUUGCAAAAAUGCUGUCAGAAAUCCGGGACAUGCAGAAGAGCAACCUUAUAACCGAGGAAAUUGUAGUUGGUGAUAAAGCUAACCUGAAGGAAGAAAUAACCAGGCUGAAUUCUCAAGAAAUUGGAGCUUUGGAGAAGAAGCUUGAGACUGUUCAGAACACUAUUGACAUGCUUGUCUCGUCUUUUCAGACAGAUGAACAGACUUCAGCCCCAUUGUCUUUUGGAGUUACUCCACCAAAGAGGGAUGAUAACCGUAGUCGAACACCGUCAAGGGAAGGAACGCCUGUAUCACGACAAGCAAAUUCAGUCGAUGUUAAGAGAAUGAAGCGCAUGUUUAAGAAUGCUGCCGAAGAGAAUAUACAGAACAUCAAAGCAUAUGUUACUGGACUGAAAGAACGUGUGGCAAAGCUGCAAUACCAGAAGCAGCUUCUUGUUUGCCAGGUGUUAGAACUGGAGGCAAACGAGACAGGUCCUGCUUCAGAGUCCGAUGCAACCGAUGAAUCUCAGAUGGAUUGGCCCUUGUGUUUUGAAGAGCAGAGAAAGCAAAUCAUAAUGUUAUGGCAUCUGUGCCACAUCUCAAUCAUUCACAGGACACAGUUCUACAUGUUAUUCAAAGGAGAUCCAGCUGAUCAAAUAUACAUGGAAGUUGAGCUCCGCAGGCUGACAUGGCUCGAACAGCACUUGGCCGAGCUUGGGAAUGCGAGUCCUGCAUUGGUUUUCACAAGCAUAUGUCUGUCUUUGGUGUACAGUAUUAGAGCAUUGAAGCAGGAGAGAGAGUAUUUGGCGAAACGGGUAAACACAAAGCUAGGAGCAGAGGAAAGAGAGAUGCUGUACCUGAAAUGGGAUGUGCCGCCGGUGGGAAAACAAAGGAGGCAUCAGUUCAUUAACAAACUCUGGACAGAUCCUCACAACAUGCACCACGUGAGAGAGAGUGCGGAGAUCGUGGCUAAGCUUGUCGGAUUCUGUGACUCGGGUGAGAACAUACGAAAGGAAAUGUUUGAACUCAACUUUGCGUCUCCUUCAGAUAAGAAGACAUGGAUGAUGGGAUGGAACUUCAUAUCCAACUUGUUGCAUCUCUAGUUGUUGUAGCUGAUAUAUAAUCCAACACGGCUACAUUUCUCUUUUUGUAAAUCGUUCAACUUCAAAGUCUUUUGAUGCUAAAUAGUAAAUAGAGAGGGUUAUUCACACGAUCUGUGAAACUCUCUUUAUAAAAUC